AUGGCUUUCACACCAAGAGGAGGCCGUGGCGGCGGCGGCGAUCGUGGCAGAGGAGGUGCAAGAGGUGGACGUGGCGGCUUUGACCGUGGUGGCCGCGGUGGUGGCAGAGGACGUGGUGGUCCCAGAGGUGGGAGGGGCGCUCCCCGCGGCGGUCCUCGCGGUGGCAGGGGUGGUGCACGCGGUGGACGAGGCGGAGGCCCUGGAGCAAAGGGUGGCCAAAAAGUCAUCAUCGAACCACACAGACAUCCAGGUGUCUUCGUUGCCCGCGGCAAGGAAGAUCUGCUCGUCACUAAGAACCUGACUCCCGGCGAGGCCGUCUACGGCGAAAAGCGCAUCUCCAUCGACACUCCUUCGACUACCACCGGCGACGCGACCAACGGCGAUGCACCCACGACCAAGACCGAGUACCGUGUGUGGAACCCCUUCCGUUCGAAGUUGGCAGCUGGUAUCUUGGGUGGUAUGGACAACAUCUACAUGGGUCCUGGCAAGAAGGUGCUAUACCUUGGUUCAGCGUCUGGUACUUCGGUCUCACACGUUGCUGACAUCGUCGGCCCAACCGGUACCGUCUAUGCUGUCGAGUUCUCGCAUCGCUCAGGACGUGACCUGAUCAACAUGGCUACCCACCGAACGAAUGUCAUCCCAAUCAUCGAGGACGCCCGUCACCCGCUCAAGUACCGCAUGCUCGUCGGCAUGGUCGACUGCAUCUUCGCCGAUGUCGCCCAGCCCGAUCAAGCACGUAUCGUCGGUCUCAACGCCCAUCAGUUCCUCAAGGUCGGCGGUGGUGUCGUUGUCUCCAUCAAGGCCAACUGUAUCGACAGCACCGCUGCUCCCGAGGCAGUGUUCGCAAGAGAGGUUACUAAGCUGCGAGAGGAGCGCAUCAAGCCAAAGGAGCAGCUCACUCUGGAACCAUUCGAGAGAGAUCACGCAAUGGUCGCGGGUAUCUACCAGCGAUCGGAGUAA